GCCAAACCCCUCCGACCGAAAACCUAACCUCGCAUUCCCCGUCCGCCGUCCCGUCCCGUUCCGUUUCGUUUCGUUUCGUUUCGUUUCGUUUCACUUUUUCAUCGCUGUUGGCGUUGGAAUACGUUUCAUUUGCAAGUUGGACGCGGGCGAAACACGGUCGGUAAUCAUUCGGCGACAGUUCGAAUGACAGAAGGCGGCGAGUAAUCAGGCCGAUUUCACGCCUCGUUGCUUACUUACACGUCGGGGAUCGGAUCACAAAGGGAUCGCUCGAUGAUCGUGGCGGUCGCGUCGAGUGCACGGUGCGCGGAGAAGUAUGGUGACGACGUGUAUGACUGUCUCGAACGACCUUGGCCGAUCGAAGAACGUGGAAGAAAACAACAACAACAGUACGCGAAAAAAGAAAGGACGAAACUUGUCCUCGUUCCUCGAUUGCCUUCGCCGACGACCCGGCUUCGUCCUUUUGUUGCUACCCGCCGCUCUCCUCGCCAGCCUCUACGCGGUCUCUUCCGAGGAGGAUUACGAUUUCGACCCGCGAUAUCUCUUCUAUAACAACGACGACGAUAACGAAAGGGAUCUCGACUCCAAGGCGACGUUGGACAGGUAUCUAGUGUGGAACCCGAGGUGUCAGAUACCGUCCAAGAAACCUUUCGACCCAUCCAUCCUUCCUUACGUGAAGAGGGAAAAGUUCGAGAGAUGCUCGUCCACGCCACCGUUGACCAGGAUCAUCCGUCGGAAGAACGGCACCAUCGUCCUCUCCUUGGAUCCCGCAGCCGGGAACUCUUCCCGUCUCAAGUGUUGCUGGUCGGCCGUGUUCAGAGGCGAGAAACAACCGAAGAAACCCAACAAGAACAACAACGUCGAUACCUCGAUCGUAGUGAAACGAUGCGAGAAUUUCGAGGGGGAAACGAGAUUGGGGGAGGAAGGGGAGGAAGCCGCGAUGGUGAGUUGCAGUCUGGUCGAGUCGAGAAACGGAACGAAGGGAAGGAAGAGACCGUCGAGACCGAUCUACGAAAACGUUCACGCGAUCCUCGACCCGGGUAAAGUGGCUGACCGAUCGUCGGGGAAUGCCACGAAAUCUCUGCUUUCCAUCUCGAAGAAAUUGAGCGUUCUCAUGCUGGGGAUCGACAGCGUGAGCCGUUUGAACUUUAUACGAAGCGCCCCCACCACCGAGAGAUACCUCCUCGAGACUGGCUGGAUUCGACUCGACGGUUACAACAAGAUGGGCGACAACACGUUCCCGAAUAUGAUGGCGAUCCUCACUGGGCAGAAUCAGGAACAGGCGUAUCUGAUCUGCAAACCUACCCUCCCCCACGGGCUCGAUCAUUGCCCCUUCCUCUGGCGAAAUUUCCGGGACGCGGGAUACGCGACCGGUUACGGGGAGGACGAGACAUCGCUCAACACGUUCAAUUAUCUCAAAAUGGGAUUCUUUCGGCCACCGACGGAUUACUAUCUUCGACCAUACAUGCUCGCUUGCGAGAAAUUGCUCAAAGUGAGGAAGAGAUUCGGAUUGAAGUAUUGCACCGGACCCGAGACGAGCUUCGACAGAAUCUUAGAUUACGCGAUCGAGUUCGCCGGCUCGUUUCCACUCGAUUUACCGUACUUCGGCUUCUUCUGGACGAUCAGCGUGAGCCACCAGAACGCGAACGCGUUCUCGUCGAUGGAUGAUCGAUUGCUCGACAAAUUGAAACGAAUGGAGAGGGAAGGGGUGCUGAACGAGGCGAUGAUAGUGUUGCUGAGCGAUCACGGGAUGCGAUGGGGACCGAUCAGAGACACGUUCGUCGGUUGGUACGAGGAGAGACUACCGUUCCUUUACGUUUGGCUGCCGAAAUGGUUCCGGGACGAGAGGCCGGGGGCGUAUCGAUCGCUACGCGCCAACCGGAAUCGGCUCACCUCCCCCUUCGACCUCUACGAGACGUUGAGGGAGGUGUUGAGUUUGUCGGGUGGGAGAGCGAAUCCGGCCCCUGGUUGCCCAAAGUGUCGAAGCCUCCUCUCCGGCCCCGUACCCCGAGCCAGAGGUUGUUCCGACGCAGGCAUCUCCUCCCAUUGGUGCGCGUGUACCACGUUCCAACCGGCCGAUCCCCGCGAUCCCCUCGUCCGCGGGGGAUUGCGAACGUUUCUCGAGCACGUGAACAACGUGUUGGAUCGAUAUCGGGACAAGAGGGGCAGACGUAUGUGCGCGAGGCUCGAUUUGAAGAAGUUGCACCGGGUGGAUCGGGUGAUCGAUUUUGAACGGAAUCGCGACAGGGACGGGAGCCGCGUCUAUUUCUACCUGAUACAGGUGAGCCCGGGCGACGCGAAGUUCGAGUUCACCGUUCGAUACCACGGCGGGAACGAUACGUACACCGUGUCCGAUCACGACGUGAGCAGAAUCAACUCUUACGCCUCGGCCGCCGAAUGCCUGGAUCGUGGGAUAAAAAAGUAUUGCCACUGUCUCAAGACGAAACAAUGAAGAAAGGAGAAAUCAAGCGUGAUAAAAACACCUUUCCUUCCUGUCGUGUGUAAUUCGAACAAAAUUAAUGGAUAUAUAUAUAUAUAUAUACUAUAUAUACAUAUAUUUUUUUUACUACGCAUCUGUUGAUUAAACGAUCAAGUUAUAAUUCACAAGUUAAACUAAACGGUGACCCGUGUCGUACGAAAAAAUAAAUAAUAAUUUUUCGCAAAAA